AUGGCCCUGUCCACACAGCACCAUGGACAAUACUUGAGUGGAGCAAGGAUAAGAAUGGAUGUUACUAGAGUGGAGAGAUUCAGGGAAAACAGUGGCUUUGAUAAGAUAGAAGUUAAAGAUAAUGGCUUUGGAAUUAAACAGUCUGAAAUUCAUCUUGCUGCACAACCUCAUUAUACGUCGAAGUUAUCAAAUGAAGAUGAUUUGAAAACCCUAACAACAUAUGGAUUCAGGGGAGAAGCUCUUGGGGCUAUUUGUGGUGUUUCAGAUGUUGUUGUUAUUUCAAAAACAAAAAGUGAUGAUGUUUCUAUCAGCCACAAAUUUAAUAACUUGGGAAAAAUUAUUUCUAGUAAACCAUCACCGCAUGCACAAGGUACGACUGUUAUUGUUCAAAAUUUAUUUAAAAAUAUUCCUGUAAGAAGACAGUUUGGUUCAAAUGCAAAGAAAAAAAAAGAAGAGAUUAAAAAAGUUGAAGAUUUAGUUAUUGCAUUUGGAACAAUACAUCCAAAUGUCCGUUUUUCUGUAUAUCAUAACCAUAGUCAAAUCUGGCAAAAGAUAGCUGUAAAUGACAUUAGAUCGGCAUUAUUAUUAACUUUGGGAACAAAUACGGCUAAUGUUCUAGAGCACAAGACAGCAAAGGAUGAAAAAAAUCAGAUAAAAAUUGAUGCCUUUUUGCCAAAAUUGGGUUUGAGUAUUCAACAGACAAGUAGACUGUCAUUAGAAAGAAGUGUUGUUGCAGUCAAUUCUCGUCCAGUUCGUAUUAAAGAUAUUGAUAAG